UUUUAUGCAAGGAAAUAAAUACUGAACAUCUGAUGUACUGCUUUAUACUUAAAGACCUCUUGGGACGUGAACUUGUAAGAUAGAGAAAAGAGUGACAUUCCAAUACUGCUCCACUGUUCACGAGGCUUCUGGUGCUAUGGAUGGUGCUCCCAUGUGGUAUUGGGGGCUCAAACCUGGUUCCACAGCAUGGUAGAGUGUGUACUUUAUUGAAUUCUACAGACCCAAAGAGUAAUUUUUAUCCACUGUUAACAUCCUGGACCACUAUGAAGGGUAAUUAAAAAAAAUCAUCAGCAGAUAGGAAUUUGUGGAAGUCAAACUGGAAACAUCCAUAACCUUGAUGGUUUACCAAACCAAAUGUCAACUGGAGCUCAACCAAAAACUAAAGUGUUCUCUGACAAACGAAGCAAAGAGAAGGAAGAAAUUGAAGCAAAGGAAGCAUGUGACUGGCUCCGAGCUGCUGGCUUCCCACAAUACGCUCAGUUGUAUGAGGAUUCCCAAUUUCCCAUCAACAUUGUGGCUGUUAAGAAUGAUCAUGAUUUUCUUGAAAAGGACCUUGUAGAACCUCUUUACAGACGACUAAAUACAUUGAACAAGUGUGCCUCAAUGAAACUUGAUGUGAACUUCCAAAGAAAAAAGGGUGACAACUCAGAUGAGGAAGACCUCUGCCUCAGUAGCAAAUGGACUUUCCAGAGAGCCAGCCGCCGGUGGUCUCGGGUGGACGACCUCCACACACUGUUUCCUGGAGGAGACAGAAAUGGGUCAUCGGGAGACAUUCGGAUGAGAAACACAACUAGCAGUGAGAGUGUCCUCACAGACCUAAGCGAACCAGAGGUCUGCUCCCUUCACAGUGAAAGUAGCGGGGGCAGCGACAGCCGGGGGCAGGCGGUCAGCCACAGCCCCAGCCGAGAGGCCUUGGAGGGCUGUGGGCCUCACUUUGGGGACAGCCCGGUCAUGCUGGAUGCCACGCUCAUCAGCAGCCUCCCGCAGUUCCCCAAAGACAGUCUCAACUACCCCUUCCACCCAAAGAAUGAGAAACCCACCAGGGCCAGAGCCAAAUCAUUUUUGAAACGCAUGGAGACGCUCCGGGCAAAAGGAACACACGGGAGGCACAAGGGGCUGGGGCGGACAGGUGGUUUGGUGAUCAGUGGGCCUGUGCUGCAGCAAGAGCCAGAGUCCUUCAAGGCCAUGCAGUGCAUCCAGAUCCCAAACGGGGAUGUGCAGAACUUGUCCCCAGCUGAGGACAAAAGAAGACUCGAGUGCUCCAGCAAAUGGAGCAGUGAGAGCAGCCAGUCAGAAAACAGCAGCAGUGGGUUGAGUAUCACUGGCCAGAAGGAGCAGAGAUGUCAGGUGCCCAACAAGCGUGGGGGCAUGUACUUAGAAGACCUGGAUGUGCUGGCCGGGACAGCACUGCAGGACCCAGGUGACCAAAACCACAGCCACGAGUUUCAUUCCCAAGAGAACUUGGUUGUUCAUAUCCCCAAGGAUCACAAACCAGGAACAUUCCCCAAGGCAUUGUCUAUUGAGAGCCUGUCACCCACAGACGCAAGCAAUGGAGUUAACUGGAGGACCGGGAGUAUCUCCCUGAGCAGACAGCAGGGCCCGGGCACCAGAGAGCCCAAGCUCAUGGCAUCCUGCCACAGGGCAAGUCGAGUCAGUAUCUAUGACAACGUCCCAGGCUCCCAUUUGUAUGCCAGCACUGGAGAUCUUUUGGACUUGGAAAAGGAGGAUCUCUUCCCACACCUGGAUGACAUUUUGCACCAUGUGAAUGGGCUCCGGGAGGUAGUGGAUGACUGGUCCAAAAAUAUCUUGCCUGAACUGCAAACCCAGGACACAUUGGUUGCAGAACCUGGUUUAUGCCCUUUUCCAUCUCCUAAUCAGAUCACCUUCGAUUUUGAAGGCAACUCUGUGUCCGAAGGUCGGACCACACCCAGUGAUGUGGAGAGAGACGGAACAUCACUUAAUGAGUCAGAAGCCACUGGGGUCAGAGAAAGGAGGGAUUCUGGUGUAGGGGCCUCCCUGACCAGGCCUAACAGGCGCCUCAGGUGGAACAGUUUCCAGCUCUCGCACCAGCCCCAGCUGUCCACAACAUCGCCCCACAUCAGCAACCAGACAGCCGGCCAGCUGAACCUCCUGCAGCGCUUCUCGUUGCUCCGCCUGACAGCCAUCAUGGAGAAGUACUCCAUGUCCAACAAACAUGGCUGGACAUGCCUCUCCCUACAGUGUGCCCCAGGAGGCUUGCAUGACCUGGUUUCUGUGAAUUCUAGGUCAGUUCCAAAGUUCAUGAAGAGGAUGAAAGUUCCCGAUUACAAAGACAAGACCGUCUUUGGUGUUCCUCUGAUAGUUCACGUCCAGAGAACGGGCCAGCCUCUGCCUCAGAGUAUUCAGCAGGCACUGAGAUACCUACGCAGCAACUGCCUGGAUCAGGUGGGUCUUUUUCGAAAAUCAGGCGUGAAGUCUCGAAUCCAGGCCUUACGUCAGAUGAAUGAGAACUUCCCAGACAAUGUCUGCUAUGAAGACCAGUCCGCUUAUGAUGUGGCAGAUAUGGUGAAACAGUUCUUCCGAGACCUGCCGGAGCCACUUUUCACCAACAAGCUCUGCGAGACCUUCCUCCACAUUUAUCAGUAUGUCCCCAAGGAGCAGCGGUUGCAGGCAGCACAGGCUGCCAUCUUGCUGCUGGCUGAUGAGAGCAGGGAGGUCCUGCAGACGUUGCUGUGCUUUCUACAUGACGUGGUCAGCUUGGUGGAAGAGAAUCAGAUGACUCCCAUGAACCUGGCUGUGUGCCUGGCCCCCUCUCUCUUUCAUCUCAAUUUAUUGAAGAAAGAAAGCUCCCCCAGAGUCAUACAGAAGAAAUAUGCCACUGGGAAACCAGAUCAAAAGGACCUCAAUGAGAAUCUGGCUGCUGCUCAGGGACUGGCCCACAUGAUCAUGGAAUGCAACAGACUUUUUGAGGUGCCACUUGAGAUGGUAGCCCAGUCUCAUAGCUCAUAUGUGGAAGCAGAGGUCCAUGCUCCAACACUGGAAGAGCUGGGGAUGCAGCUAGAGGAGAGCGGGGCGACGUUCCACACUUACCUGGAGCAGCUCAUCCAGGGCCUGCAGAAGGAAGCCAAGGAGAAGUUCAAGGGAUGGGUGUCGUGUUCCAGCACAGACAACACAGAGCUUGCUUUCAAAAAGGUGGAAGACAGGAAUCCACUGAAGCUGUGGAAGGCGUCUGUGGAGGUGGAAGCGCCCCCCUCUGUGGUUUUGAACCGGGUGCUGAGAGAGCGCCACCUGUGGGAUGAGGAUUUUGUGCAGUGGAAGAUUGUGGAAAAUCUGGACAAGCAAACAGAAAUCUAUCAGUACGUGUUGAAUAGCAUGGCCCCCCAUCCUUCCCGAGACUUCGUGGUUCUCCGGACCUGGAAGACAGACCUCCCCAAAGGCAUGUGCACACUGGUAUCCCUGUCUGUGGAGCACGAGGACGCCCAGCUCAUGGGUGGCGUGCGAGCCGUGGUGUUGGACUCUCAGUACUUAAUCGAACCCUGUGGUUCUGGCAAGUCCAGGCUGACCCACAUCUGCAGGAUAGACCUGAAAGGUCACUCCCCAGAAUGGUACAGCAAAGGCUUCGGACAUCUAUGUGCGGCGGAAGUUGCCAGGAUUAGAAACUCUUUUCAACCCCUCAUCGCUGAGGGUCCGGAAACCAAAAUCUGAGUUUUCCCCAGUGUGACAUCAAACUCAGGGAAGAGGAAGCAAGAGCAGAAAGAAGCAGGCGCUUGUGGGAGAGAGUUUGCUCGGGGGAAGCAGGAGCGAGAGACUGACUGCCGUGGAGAAUGCGGAAGUGGGAACACUGCCGAGUGGAUGUGUCAGCACUUGCAGUGUUUCUGAGAACUUUUUCUAGCCUUCCUGGAGAUGGCUGCAUCCCUACUAAUAUAAUAUUUUUUUAAAGAAAAUCAGAACAUUUAUCUAUAUUACUUAAAAUUAAAUGGAGUAUUCUUUGUGCAUUGCCUAAUUUGCUAUUUAAAGGUUUCUAAGAAGCGCAUUCUUAGUGUAAAUAAAUGUAUGUAUAGCCUCUGUACAUAUGUGUGUACAUCUAUCUAUCUUUACUGUGUAAAUAUGUAAGAUACUCAUUUUAUAUAUGAUUGCCUAUUGGGAGAAGGAAUGCCCCCGACUCAGUGAGACUCUCCUCACAUGGUUCUUUCCCAAGAUUCUCUGGGCUGGUCUCCCUGCUGCCCCAUAAGCAGAGCAGGGCCUGCUGCUAACACCAGGGGGGUAUUUAACCAAAGACUGAUAUUUAACCAAAGACUAGCUAACCAAAGGGAAACUAUGUUACAAGGUUCUACUCUGUUGGUGGUUCCUGCUCUUAAAAAACCAGAGUGAAGCAUAGGGUGUUGGGAUUUGAGUAUUUCCUCUUCUUUAAAGCAAAGCAGUGGAUGAGAAGCUUUUGCCACAUAUAAGGCUAGAUUCCCACCAGCUUCUGUGAAAUGUCAGAUGCCCUGGAACCGCUGCAGUCAGCACAAAUGACCAAAACAUGCCCUACUGGCUAGACUGGCGUGCUUACCACAACCAAAGGGAGCCUCUGUAUUUGAAUGCAUUUUCAUAGGCACAUGUCCUAAUGUCUUCUAAUGUCAUCCUGUUUGACCAGUGGCCUGUUUGGCCAUAGUUGAUUGGCAUGUUCUUACCAAUGUAUUGUACUUCAUUUAACUCUGGACACCAGACAAAGGGAUAUGAUGGUCUUUCAAGAGUCCAUUACAGCUUUCAAGACCAUUCUAGCUUCUGGGAAAUACUCACUUUUCUACACAAGAUCCUCUAAAAUGUAGUUCAUAAAAGUGUCACAAUCUGACAGACAGGGCUUCAUGCUAACAAAGACCAGAACUCUGUUUAGCCAUUAGUUUGAGAAACUAUAAACAAGUUUGCUUAAGUCCAUAUUUUGUCAUUAGCCAGACAAGCCACCUAUGCUUUUAACCCAACCUUAUUUAUUAUUGUAUAGAGUAAGCAGAUUGACUCUCCAUAACUGAUUGCUCAUGGAUUUAAUUUUUUAUUAUAAUUCAGCAACUUAUAGAGAGAAAGAUAAUUUAUUGUGCUUGAUUUCAGGGAGAGAGAUUUUCUUUCAUAAUCCAUGAGAAACUGGUAUCAUAAUUUAGCUAGUGUUAUUAGAGGGAGGGGGAGAAAAUCUUAGGUGAGUGUUUUCUGAUUUAUAUUCUAUGCACUUAUACAAUAUUUUAUCAGCAAUGUGCAAUUAUUUUCAUAAGAGUAAAGAUGCUAUAUGUGAAUUUUGCAUGGUGCAAGGAGAAGCAUUCAUUACAGUUUGAUAGAUGACAUAGGAGUUGUUUGCAAAUAAGUGGCAGCAAGCCCGUCAUUGUCUAUCUGGGCCAUGCUCUGUGAACACAAGUUAACUUUGGCCAUUUGUCUUAAACUUAACCAAAUGUGCUGGAUGUCUAUACUUUCAUAUGCUUAGACAAAAUCUUUAGUGGGAUUUAAGUUCGCUUAUCACUGGUCCUUCCAGGGCAAAGAUCUCAAGUGUUUGGAACAUACAAUAGGUGCACAGGGAUUAACAGCUGCGUGUUAACACAAACACAAGUCACAUGGAGACCUUGUCCAAAUCCACUCUCUGGUGCAGGCGCCCUGGGCACCUGAUAGCUACAUGUCUAACAGGCCUUGAAGAUGCCCGGGGUGUUGACUCAAAGACUACACUCUGAGAACCAAGAACCAAGAGGAUACUUCACACAGAGCAGAAACCAUUGUGGUUGUAGUUCUGACUCCCCUUCUCUUCAGAUUGCCUGACUUUUAAUUUCGAUGCACAUACUAAUCACAUCACUGUAUAACAACAUAGUACAUCUUAACAAAAAGGAGGAGGAAGAUGCAUCAAGUUUGUUUGUCAAAUACAGUAUUUUAUUCAUUGUUAUCUUGCCAAUGGAAAUAAAAUUAUAAUGCAUUUAAAUAUUA